AUGAUGGACUCUAAUGGCGCCGUGCAGGCGCCGCCUGCGCCCCCUCAAGCUGCGCAGUCAGCCAACAGCGCUGCAGCUACUGGACCAAGUAGUAUGGCUGUCCAGCCCAACGGGAGUGCUCACACGUACACAGAGGAGGGGGUAGUGGAGAUGGUGUGUCGCCUCAACUCCCCUUCUGCUGCCAGAGAAGGGGGAGCAACAACUAGCGCAGCCAACGAAUACCUCACAAACUUCCAGAAGGAUCCGAGCGCCUGGGGCAUUUGCAUCUCCAUUCUGAAUAAGAACAGUCAUCCCCAGCAGCAGCAGCAGCAGCAGCUACUUGCACCCGGGAACCGAUCCCCCGAGGUUCUUCACUUCGUUGCCCAAACCCUGGCUGCGCAGGCACGGGCAGGCUUCCCACAGCAGCUCUCGGCUCUCUUGAGGCUGCCGGGGGCUUCAGCUGUCUCAGCUGCAGCUGGGGGUGGUACUUCAGUAGGCGGUGCAUCUCAGGUGUAUGCGGAGCUACGGGAUGGCUUGCUGCAGCUCGUGUUUGCCUUCAGAGAUGCCCCCUUACCUGCGCUGCGUCAGUUGUGUAUCGCCCUCUCGGCAGCGCUCAUCUUCGGUGCCUCUGCCACAGAAGGGGCCCCCAUAGGGGGCCCCGGUGCUGUGGGUGGGGGCCUCCAGCUGGGUCCUGUGCUGCAGACGCUUGGCCAGAAAGCAGGAAAGGAGGGUUUUUUACCUCUGUUGGAGUUGCUUGUCUUACUCCCUGAGGAGUUAUGCACCAAGCGGUACGUGUGA